CCUCAAGUGUUCAAAAUGCUUAAGCUAUUGGUAGCAUUGGUCUGCCUCCUAGAGGUUACCGGCGCUCAGCUAAGUUUGAGUGGUCCGAUUUUAAAAGAAAUCGAGAAACAGAGGAGGAUUGUGCAAGGAAAUACUACUCAACCUAGAAACGGAGAGUUUAGUGUCGAUGAGGUAGCAGGUCUUACCCGAGGGUUUGUCGAUUUUCUAGCAGAUUUUGAUGCUUCCGUUGUUGAAAAUGAAGACGAUAGACUAUGCGUCGAUACAAUGAGCGAGCUUGCCCAAGCUUAUCUUAAACGACAACGACACGGUCAAGAAUGGUACGAUUCUUGGGGGAAGGUACCGGCCGGAUUGUAUUACGACAACGGUAUGACCUUUGGAAAUUUUGAACAGUGUCGGAACUACCGAUGGCAAAAUGUCAGAGGGCAGCACUGUACUUUUAUCUCGUUUCUUCCGAAUGAUUUGCCAGUUUUUCAGUGCAGCAUUUGUGUACCGGAUCAUUGCGAUCCACGAACCGUUCAUGUUUUAUAUGGGGCUUAUUUGAUGACCAAAGGUGUCCUACUGUUGGACCUUUUCGAUCCCCAUCAACUUUGCGUCAGCGAUCGAUCCGUUGAAUAUCACGGAGGAGUGAUCACUGCUACUGUAAUAUUUUCCAUCAUCGCUCUACUAGUGUUAGCAAGCACGGUCUACGAAUUCGUUAUGGUGUUCCUCGAACGGGAAGCGAACCUUCUGCUAAGUUCCUUUUCGCUGUAUAGGAACAUCCGAAGCAUCAUUCACGUUGCACCGAAAUCGAAAGAUGUUCAAAAGCAACGGGAUACGAUCGAGUGCAUCAACGGUAUUCGAGCACUCUCGAUGAUUUGGGUCAUCGUGGUGCAUGUUCACGAAAGCAUGGGAAGCAUUCCGGUGGACAAUUCGCCAGCCAGGCUGAACUACAUGGUUAGCUUCGUAUCGUCAACUCUAUGGAUGACGGGAUAUUUGGCUGUGGAUACUUUCUUGGCACUCAGUGGAAUGCUCGUAGCGAUGAGUAUGCUCAGAGAGUUGGAUAAGAAGCAGAAGUUCAACCCGUUGAUGCUGUAUCUUCAUCGGUACAUUCGUAUAACGGCUCCUUUAGCAGCUCUCGUAUUGAUUACGGUAUCUUUUACCACAUAUAUGGGUGAAGGAAUACUGUGGAAGCCAGUGAUGGAUCGUCUUCAAGACACCUGCCUUAAAUAUUGGUGGUCUACAUUGCUACACGUUCAGAACUAUGUUAAUCCGGAUGAUAUGUGUCUCAGUCAUACCUGGUACCUGUCCGUCGAUAUGCAGCUGUACAUCAUCGCACCGGCCUUGAUCUACCCUCUUUGGCGUUACGGCAAACGAGUUCUUUGGGUAAUCGGAUUCCUGGCACUACUUUCUAUUUUCUGUGUCUUUACGAUGUUCAUCGUGAACGAGUUUCGGUUAAACAUUUUUGCUCCCAAUGAGGGAGGGAGAAGAACCAUUUUGACGUACUAUCCUACCCAUGCCCGGAUGUCAGUCUGGCUUUGGGGCCUGAUCUUCGGAUACAUUCUUCACAGCACCAGAAAAAGUGGAGUGAAUCUACCGCGGAAAUACUACGCAUUCGGUUGGGCGGCUUGUUUCACAUUUUUGGGUCUAAUUUUGUACUCCAUGUUCGAGUUCCUUCGAACAGAUUAUACAACUUUUUCAUUUGUGGCAGAUGCAUUUUUCGAGUCCAUGGGAAGGUCGGUGUUUGCCAUGUGCGUGAUGUGGAUUAUCUUUGCUAGCAUCAAUGGCCAUGGAGGUGUCGUGAAUGACAUUUUGAGUGCAGGGAUGUGGCAACCGUUGGCCAAACUGUCGUACGUCAUGUAUCUUAUACAUGUGACAGUUCUUUUCAUGUUCUCGGUGUCGAACGUGAAGACGGUUCUGCAUUUCAGCUUUGCCGACAUAUUGUACCGGAUAUGGGGUGCCAUCGGUCUGACAACAACGUUUGCAGUGUUUUGGAGUGCCAUUUUCGAGAUUCCAUUUGUGACAUUAGACAAAUAUUUACUUAAGAAUUAA